AUGGCUCCUGUAUCAAGCUUGGUCCAGCCUAUCGCACCACAAAACCAAUCUACUACCAUAAAAUCACCACACUUGGAUGCCCUUUCUGCUGUACAAUCUCAUUCCAGCCUCUUGAUGGGGCAGGCACCAGAACCUCAAAAUUGUUCCGUUCAGGCAGACAGCCCUUCAUCAUGCUGCAAAGAAACUGGUCUACCUCAAGUGUCGAAAAUUAUUCAAGCAAUGCGGGAGACCAAUAUGGAGGGGCUUGAUUUUGUACAAGGCCAGCUCCCAAAUGCACUCUUAAUAAAGUAUGAAGAUUGUUUUGCUACCAGUUUGGUUGAUGUCGGACUAACCCAUCUAGUCCAGCAUGAUAUUCUGACUGGUGAUGAUAGCCCCCGUAUAUGGCAGAAUCCCCUUGGGCGGGCAGGAGGCAGCAAAUCAGAUCCUAGAAGAGAUGAAGAAAGCACGUUUAUCCCAGGAUUCGCCACAAUUGCAGCACUUCUACAUAAUCUUUUGCACGCAGAUGUGCCUUAUCACUGGACAGAGGAAUGUAAGGAGGCAUUUAGUGGCCUUAAACAAGCCAUCAGCAAGGCUUCUGUUUUAGUUCCUCCUGACCUGAAGUUGCCCUUCCUCUUGGACACUGAUGCAACUGAACUAUGGGAGUGUACUCGGAUUCGUUGUGGAGAAAAAAGACUAAAAAAUAGCAAAUGCCAUUGUUCAGACGACUGCCUUGAAAAGGGGGACUGCUGUACAAAUUAUAAAAAUAUCUGUCAAGGUCAAUCAGAAUGGGUCAGUGGUGCCUGUGAAGAGAUUUCUGUCCCAAGCUGUCCUGCAAGUUUUUCAAAACAGCCUGUAAUUCUAAUUUCACUGGAUGGAUUAAGAGCAGAAUAUCUAAUGACCUGGAGUAAAAUUGUUCCAGUCUUGGAUAAACUAAAAACAUGUGGAACACAUUCUCCUUAUAUGCAAGCAGUUUUUCCUACGAAGACAUUUCCAAACCAUUACACUAUUGUCACAGGUUUGUAUGCAGAAUCCCAUGGAUUAAUUGAUAACAACAUGUACGAUCCUGCCUUCAAUGCAUCAUUCAGCCUUAGCAAUAGUGAAAAAUCCCAACCGCGCUGGUAUCUUGGCCAACCUAUCUGGCUCACUGCUAUGUACCAAGGAUUAAAAGCUGGUACUUUCUUUUGGCCUGGAUCAGAUGUUAAAAUCAACGGAACUUUCCCAACAAUAUAUAAAGAUUUUGACGGUAAAGUACCUUUUGAAGAGAGGGUUCAUACAAUAAUGAAGUGGCUUUCUUUACCAGAAAAUGAAAGACCACAAUUCUAUACACUCUACCUAGAAGAACCAGACAGUUCAGGGCAUAAAUUUGGACCUGUCAGUGGUGGGGUAAUUGAAUCUCUUCAAAGUGUUGAUAGGAUAAUUGGACAGUUGAUGAAUGGGCUUAAACAGCUGGACCUUGACAGAUGUGUUAAUAUUAUAGUAGUUGCUGACCAUGGAAUGGACGCUACGAGCUGUGAGAGAAUGGAAUAUCUAAAUAAUUAUAUCCAUAAUGUCAAUGACCUUUUUGUAUAUGAAGGAGCAUUCAGCAGAAUCAGACAAAAAGAUCGUCAGAUGCCAUUCGAUCCUGAACUUCUUGUGGGAAAUCUAACUUGUAAAAAUACAACUCAGAAAUUUAAGCCAUUUCUGAAACAAAAUCUUCCCAAAAGAUAUCACUAUGCUAACAGCAUGAGGAUUGAAGAUGUUAAUUUGGUCAUCGAUGCACAGUGGUUGCUAUCAAGGGAAAUGGGCUCCUAUACAUUUUGUAAUGGAGGAAACCAUGGAUACGACAACGAUCAUUUUAGCAUGCAGGCAAUGUUUUUAGCAUAUGGACCAAAAUUUUUCUUUAAAUCUAAAAUUGAACCAUUUUCCAAUGUGCAGUUAUAUAAUGUAUUAUGCGAUUUGCUUGAAAUCCAUCCAGCUCCUAACAAUGGUACCCAUGGUAGUAUGAACCACAUGCUGAGAAAACCAUUUUAUAAUCCAAAAUUGCCUCAAGAGAUGUCCCAGCCUGAAAUAUGCCCUCUGAAAUCCCUGAAUCCAAGUGAUAACCUGACAUGUUCAUGCAACUCCACGAAUGUGGAAGAAUAUAAUAAAAGAUUAAAUCUAACAACUAAUGAAGUGGAAAUCGCAGAGAAAACACACAUGCCUUUAGGAAGACCUAUUAUGUUACAGGAAAAUGAGCAGUACUGCCUCUUGCAUCAUCAGGGAUUUGUGAGUGCGUACAGCAGGAUGAAACUGAUCCCCAUCUGGACGUCUUUCACUUUGAAUAAAUCUGCGAUUGCUGAUCCUCUACCAGAGAUCAUAAAAGACUGCCUGAGAGCAGAUGUUCGAAUUCCUCCAGAAGACAGUGCGAAAUGUGAAUUAUACACUAAGGAUAUUCAAAUCACAGAAUCAUUUCUUUAUCCUCCAAAUCUUGCUGAAUCCUUAUCUGAACAGUAUGAUGGUCUGUUAAUAAGCAAUGUGGUACCCAUGUAUCCUGCCUUCAAAAAAAUCUGGAUGAACUUCCAUAAUAUCACCUUGAAAAAGUAUGCUUUGCAUUACGGGCUCAUCAAUGUAGUAUCUGGUCCCGCAUUUGAUUAUAAUUACAAUGGACGCUUUGAUUCAGUUAAUGAGAUUAAAAAGCAUGUUUAUGGUACACAGAUCCCAAUCCCCACACAUUAUUUCAUUAUUAUUGCCAGCUGUAAAAAUGGAGUUCAAAACUUACUGCAGUGUGAUGGAGGACUACAAACCAUUUCAUUUAUUUUGCCUCACAGACCUGAAAACCAAGACAUCUGCAGAAGUGGUCAGGAUGAAAUAAAAUGGACAGAGGAUUUCAUGUGGCUUCACCAAAGUACAGUGACUGACGUGGAGUGGCUGACAGGGCUUGACUUUUUUCAUAGCAGUAAUCUGAAAGUUGCAGAGCUUCUUCGUAUAAAGUCAUUUCCUACUGCUGCUAUCCCUAGAUUGCUUUGA